GUCUGCUGCACAGCUGCGGGCUGCAGGCUCGCUCACUGACAGUUGACAGGUUGCUACGGCCAAUACGGGCUGAUUGCAGCCGCAAUCGGUCGUUGUUUCAGGAGGAAAAUGACGUGAGAUGGAGUGCUUGGUCUUGAAUCACGAUGGAAAGUUACGUGGAGGGAUGUGCGUCCGAGAAUGCUAUGCUUCGGAGGAAGCUUCAGAGCAAAACUGAAGCUGUUUUAAUUCUAAGCAAAGAUCUCAACAAAUGUAGGAGUGAACGAGACCAGUUUAAACUUCUGGUCGAUGAAUUGCAGCACCGGCUGGCCAGCAUCAAACGAAAUGUGCACAACAAGGGUUUGUACCGAGUGGCACUCUACACUGAAGAUGAAGAGGAUGGAUUUAGACCUGGUGUUACUGUUGCUGAAAUGCUAAGGGAUGCACAGAAAAGGAAUAAAGCUCUGCGUAUGGAAAUAGAUGAUCUGAAACAACAGCUUUCUGAUGCUAGAGAGGACAUGGAGGCUCUCCGAUCAAAUUAUGCUCGACAUCGCUGUGGCAAUUCUUGUAGAUGGGAGGGUCAGGCCUUCCCAAAUCAUCCAAAAGAGGAACUAAUACAACAGUUGGAAACUUUGGAUACUAAAUGUUCACAACUGCAGGUGAAUCUUCAAGCUCUCCUAGAUGAAAAAGAAGAAUUAAAACAGGAGUGUGAUACUUACAAAUUUAAAGUUCACCGUUUGAAUUAUGAACUAUCCUCUCUUCUGAAAUCCAAGCAGAAUAAUAUUGAUAUUGAUGCUCUAGUCACAGAAAACAGGUAUCUCCAUGACAGAUUGCUUCAAUCGCAAGAAGAGAUUGAGGUCAUCCAACGAUCUCUUCAAAAAUACAAGGCUGCUUUUGACCAAACAAACAAAAGCUCGAAUUCACAAAGAAAAAUUUCUGCUACUCUGUCUCCCGCAAAUAGAUUUAUAAGCCAGAGCCAAGUACGGGAGUUAUUGGAAGCGGUGUCUCAUCCAAUGAAGUCGAGCACUCCUGCUUUCAUGGAAAGCAUGAGAAAUGUAUGUCAGGCAUUGUUUGAUUCUUUGGAGGACAAGAGUCUUCGUCUUGUACAUCAGAAAAAAGCCAAUCGGAUUCUUGCUAAACGUAUUGUAGAACUGGAAUCCCUAGCAGGCGAACAAGGCACGCCAGUCUUCCCGUCAAUGCUCCUGUUAGAAGGAUACUCUGAGUCUGAUGCAGCAAACACAUUAGAAAAAUUUAAAUUACCAGAAAAGGAAGUGAAGAUAAAUAAAGAGGCAGCACCUGAAAACAAAGAAAAUUGUGAUGUGAAGAAAAAAUCUACUUGGAGGAAAAGCAGUAGUAGCUCAGAAGUGGAGGAUUUUCAACCUUUGCCUCCUGGAGUACGUGUACUUGUAGAACAGGCAUUGGAAGAGUUGCGUCAAGAAAAUUCUCAACCAGAGAAAGUUAAUGUAGCUUUAAGUACCAAAGAAAAUUUAUGACAUAUCUAGUCACUUACAAUAAUGUUAAAAAUUAAAUUUAUUGCAUUCCUUGCAUUUUAUUUUAAA